CGCCCCACGGAGCUGUAUAACAGCAGAUUUGGCCACGUCUUUCCUCAGAUUUCUUCGGCCCCAUUCUCUCUCUCCUGCGUUUAUGGGAGGAAGCUGGGACCCAAAACAGACGAUGGGACGGGAGAGUUAAGCGCCUGUUCCUGGAGGAAGAAACGUCUCUGAACUCCAGUCACGUUUGAUGGAGCCAGAAGCAUGCGCACAAGCUGAGCGUGGAGCUGUCCAAGUGCUGAAAUUUAUAGUCCGUGUGUAAGAUCAGGGCUCCUUCCCUCAUUCCGGCACAGGAGGGAGCGUAGCAUUUUCCCUCCAGCUCCACACCAAUCACCCCCUCUCGAUAUUUACAACUUGCCGAUAAGGAAGAGGGAGGGAAGGAGAGAGGCAAACAGCUUCUUCCCCCAUUUUUAACGACGAUUCAGACAAAUGCCGAUGUGCAAGCCCAAGGGAAAUAAGAGCAGAUCUGGAAGACAGACCAGCGUGGCAGCAGCGCUAUUCCCCUUGGCAUGGUGCUAAGGUAGAGAAGGAUUUGAUUUUUCUGAGCGGGGUUCAGGAUUUGGGUGAAAGCAUCCUAGAGAACUGCCCCUUCAGAUGCUUCGUAUCUUUUGUGCUGGCUGUUUCGGAUGUGCCUGGGCUUAACCUAACCAUGAUUCCGAGGACUGGUACUUUUGAUUUUUUGCCGUCUCCAAUGUAUAGAAACGCAGGUCUUCUCUUUCUGAUUUUAAAGAAAUUUAAAUUAUUGUUGGAUUUGGGGAUUUAGAGAAGACCUAGUACUUUCUGAGAGCCUCCCUCCCCUUUGAUUGACUCUGGAACCGUUUCUGGGAUAUUUUUCCACACUCAACGCAGAAAACAGGAGGAAUGAACCGACAGCUAGUGAACAUUUUGACAGCCUUGUUUGCCUUUUUCUUAGAAACACACCACUUCAGGACAACUUUCUGUAAAGAACAUGAUUCCAGAUCUGGGAAAACCCCUUCACAGGCACUGUCUCCUUCAGAUUUCUUGGACAAACUGAUGGGACGGACAUCAGGUUAUGAUGCACGAAUAAGGCCAAAUUUCAAAGAUGCUGGUGGAGCAGAACUUUGCUAUGAUAUAUAUUGCAACAUUUUUAUUGCAUUCCACAGGUCCUCCAGUAAACGUUACUUGCAAUAUUUUUAUCAACAGUUUUGGAUCUGUCACAGAAACCACCAUGGUCCUCCUGUAAAUGUUACCUGCAACAUAUUUAUCAACAGCUUUGGUUCAAUAGCAGAAACUACAAUGGACUACAGAGUGAACAUUUUUUUGAGGCAGCAGUGGAACGACUCCCGUCUUGCUUACAGUGAAUACCCUGAUGACUCUUUGGAUUUGGAUCCAUCUAUGCUAGACUCCAUUUGGAAGCCGGAUUUGUUCUUCGCCAAUGAGAAGGGUGCAAACUUCCAUGACGUUACCACAGACAACAAGCUUCUGAGGAUAUCAAAAAAUGGAAAGGUGUUAUAUAGUAUCAGGCUAACAUUAACCUUAUCGUGUCCCAUGGACCUGAAGAACUUUCCAAUGGAUGUACAAACAUGUACGAUGCAGCUAGAGAGCUUUGGCUACACUAUGAAUGACCUGAUAUUUGAGUGGAUGAGUGAUGGUCCAGUGCAGGUAGCAGAAGGCUUAACUCUGCCACAGUUUAUUUUGAAAGAAGAAAAAGAACUUGGCUAUUGCACAAAACAUUACAAUACUGGAAAAUUUACAUGCAUUGAAGUAAAGUUUCAUUUGGAGCGUCAGAUGGGAUAUUAUUUAAUCCAGAUGUACAUUCCUAGCCUGCUGAUCGUCAUUUUGUCCUGGGUUUCUUUUUGGAUCAACAUGGAUGCUGCUCCAGCCAGAGUUGCCUUGGGCAUCACCACAGUCCUGACAAUGACCACUCAGAGUUCAGGCUCCAGAGCUUCUCUUCCAAAAGUUUCUUAUGUAAAAGCUAUUGACAUCUGGAUGGCUGUGUGUCUUCUCUUUGUGUUUGCUGCCUUGCUCGAAUACGCAGCAGUGAAUUUUGUGUCAAGGCAACAUAAGGAAUUUCUCAGGCUUCGGAGAAGGCAGAGAAGGCAAAACAAGGCACAGACUGUGGCUAUUGGGAAUGAAAGCGUCGAGUCGGUACGGCGUAUGAAUGGCUUGCGGAUGAAAGAGUCACCAGCACACGGGAUAAUGAAUCAGAUCUGCAAUCCAAGUUUGAGGGAUGAAGAUGCUGCUCGCGACAGCCGGUUUAACUUCGGCGGCUAUGGGAUGGGUCACUGCCUCCAGGUGAAAGAUGGCGCUGCCAUCAAAGCCACGCCUCCCAACCCGCCCCUGCCCCCGCCCCCACCGCCAAAGGAUUCCGAUUCCAUCAAAAAGAGGUUUGUGGACCGUGCCAAAAGGAUCGACACCAUAUCCCGAGCGGCCUUCCCGCUGGCCUUUCUCAUCUUCAAUAUAUUUUACUGGAUUACGUACAAAAUUAUACGCCACGAGGAUAUACACAAAGAUUAGAAACGUUUCUGUCUGAGCUGGGACCUUCUAGCCAAAGUGACUCUCUUGUAAAUAAAGAGUGAAAUGUCUUUCCUGUCAUUGACUGAGGGUUUUGUUUUCUGUGGUACUAAAGAGAAAGGGUGGGGUUAGAAGAGGAAGAAAAACAGAAAGGAAAGUUUCGGUAACAAUUGCACAAAACGAGAUACUGUGGGAUCACCAAACGAGGAUUUGCCCUGAUUUCCUCCUCUUGCUACGUGGUUCUUCCAGACUCUUGCCAAGCAAACCUAAAUGGGGCCAUUUUCCCUCUCUCCAACCCGCCCCCCCCCCCGUGUCUCUAAGCUGUAUUUAAGAAAUACUUUAAAGCAUCUACCAUGGGACUGUCUGUAAUGGCUGCACUGCAAUGAGUUUAAAGAGGACCAAACUUUUUUCAGGGUAACGCUGCCUUUCUAUAUGAAACAAGUCUAAGCUACAUUCCAUUAAUGUCUGUAGUUAAUGAUUUGCCCAGAAGUCCCUUUGUGGAUUGUAAAUUAUUUCUACUAACAGGGCAUGGGGGGGUGUCAAGGGGGACGAUUUAUACUUUAAUAUCCUUGUGGGUGUGCAUUUUAAUAUUCCUGCUUUCCUAGAACUGUAGUUUUUGAGGUCCAACUUGUGUAGGGUGUGGUUAAUUUCAUAGUGUCCACUUGUAGAAACAACCUGAGAAAUGGCUGGUUUUAUCUUGGUUCCAAGACAGUGCACUUAUUUCAUUUCAUUUCAUUUCUGCCUGGUUAUUACUAUAUUUUUUAUUAUUGAUGACAUUCAGCAUAAGGUGCCAAAACUGUAAUUUGACCUAUCGUAUUUCCCUGUAUUGCACUGUUGAUUAAGAACUUGUUUCCUGACCUAGCUCAGUAUAGCAUUGACUUUCUAUUGCUGCUCUCAUUGUAGCUGCGAGUUGAUAGCUCUGUAGGUAAACACGACUCGUUUACAGACCUCUAAUUUAUAUCUUUACUAUAAAAAAAGAAAGAAAGAAAAAAGUGGCUAUCAUUUUAAAUAUCAUUGACUUAUCUGAAGAAUUUUAAAAACUGUACUGUGAUUUUCAUAACCUGUUAACCUUUUGGUGCCAGAGCUAUGUGGUCCAAAUCCUUGCUAUGUGUUCUAAAGUAGAAAUAAAAAGUAAACGAAAACCAAACAAAAAAAUGAGGUAUUUUUGCUUACAUGGGUGGCAGGAGUGAAACCUGGAAGAUUUUUU